AUGCUGGAGGAGCGUCCCGCCGCUCGCCCCGGGAGCGCGCACCCCGCCGAGGGCCGCGGUACGUGCGGAGCCCGCUGGUGCCCCGGAGCCCUCCGCAGCUCACGGCAGCCCCCGCGGCGGAACAAACGUGCCCGUACAGCGCAUCCCGCCCAGGGCACUGCAUCCCGCCCGGGUCAGCGCAUCCCGCCCGGGUCAGCACAUCCCGCCCGGGUCAGCGCAUCCCGCCCGGGACAGCACAUCCCGCCCGGGACAGCACAUCCCGCCCGGGACAGCGCAUCCCGCCCAGGGCACUGCAUCCCGCCCGGGUCAGCGCAUGCCGCCCGGGUCAGCACAUCCCGCCCGGGUCAGCGCAUCCCGCCCGGGACAGCACAUCCCGCCCGGGUCAGCGCAUCCCGCCCGGGACAGCACAUCCCGCCCGGGACAGCGCAUCCCGCCCGGGUCAGCACAUCCCGCCCGGGUCAGCGCAUCCCGCCCGGGACAGCACAUCCCUCCCGAGGCACUGCAUCCCGCCCGGGACAGCGCAUCCCGCCCGAGGCACUGCAUCCCGCUCGGGACAGCGCAUCCCGCCCGGGACAGCACAUCCCGCCCGAGGCACUGCAUCCCGCUCGGGACAGCACAUCCCGCCCGGGGCACUGCAUCCCGCCCGGGACAGCACAUCCCGCCCGGGUCAGCGCAUCCCGCCCGGGGCAGCACAUCCCGCCCAGGGCACUGCAUCCCGCCCGGGUCAGCGCAUCCCGCCCGGGACAGCACAUCCCGCCCGAGUCAGCGCAUCCCGCCCGGGACAGCACAUCCCGCCCGAGGCACUGCAUCCCGCCCGGGACAGCGCAUCCCGCCCGGGGCACUGCAUCCCGCCCGAGGCACUGCAUCCCGCCCGGGACAGCACAUCCCGCCCGGGGCACUGCAUCCCGCCCGGGACAGCGCAUCCCGCCCGGGACAGCACAUCCCUCCCGAGGCACUGCAUCCCGCCCGGGACAGCGCAUCCCGCCCGGGACAGCGCAUCCCGCCCGAGGCACUGCAUCCCGCCCGGGACAGCGCAUCCCGCCCGGGACAGCGCAUCCCGCCCGGGACAGCGCAUCCCGCCCGAGGCACUGCAUCCCGCCCGGGACAGCGCAUCCCGCCCGGGACAGCACAUCCCGCCCGAGGCACUGCAUCCCGCCCGAGGCACUGCAUCCCGCCCGGGACAGCACAUCCCGCCCGAGGCACUGCAUCCCGCCCGGGACAGCGCAUCCCGCCCGGGACAGCACAUCCCGCCCGGGACAGCACAUCCCGCCCGAGGCACUGCAUCCCGCCCGGGACAGCACAUCCCGCCCGGGACAGCACAUCCCGCCCGAGGCACUGCAUCCCGCCCGGGACAGCACAUCCCGCCCGGGUCAGCGCAUCCCGCCCGGGACAGCGCAUCCCGCCCAGGGCACUGCAUCCCGCCCGGGACAGCACAUCCCGCCCGGGUCAGCGCAUCCCGCCCGGGACAGCACAUCCCGCCCGAGGCACUGCAUCCCGCCCGGGACAGCACAUCCCGCCCGAGGCACUGCAUCCCGCUCGGGACAGCGCACCCUCCCGGCUCGCCCUGGGCGCUCGGCGCCGCCCGCACAGCGGAGCCUCCUUCCCCUGCCCCUGCGCCCACCGGGCCGGCCAGGGGGUGGGGACAAGCAAGAGGGGAGUGACCUGCACCUGAGUGUCAGGGAAUCUGGCUUUUCAGGGCAUGCAGUGAAGUGA